AUUGUACUUUUACCUGUAUUAGGGACACUCAGAAAUGUGGAUAGGCACAUAGAAUCGAUAUUGGCCAUAAGAGAUUACUAGUGUUUAUUUCUGAAGCCAACAAGGACCUGCAUCAUAUUUCCUAUUACCAAUCAGAAUGUAACAAAAUUUGGAUCAAUUUCAAAAAUGUCUCAAUACCGCUCCCUCAGCACUACUGAAGUCUCCAGAGCAUUGCAGUGAGAGUCCGCUUUUGCGCACCCUUUCAUGGUAGAAAUGAUUAUAAAGGGCAUGCUGAGGAGAUAUGAAAGAUGGAAUCCAGUGCAUCCUACAUACGGAGCCUUCUGGGGCAUGGGAAUAGGUAUUGGCUGUGGUGUGGGAUGGGGUCCCGGAUUUGGUCCUGAGGCAAUUGGUUAUGUUGGAGCUGGCUGUGGUGUUGGAUUCAGCGUUGGCUUCUCUCUGCUCGGCAUUGGCAUUGGCCUUCCUGCCAAUUACAUCUAUACAGUUCCUUACAAUGCUACCAGAAGUGGUGCUAUAGAUAUGGCUCGAUCCACUGGUAUACUAAGAGAGAGUCGGUGUUACCUCGAUUCAAGCAUUUCUGGCUUGCAAGAAAGGGCUCUGCGGACUUUUUCAAGCUUAAGGGUCAAAGAAUCAUUAGGGAAGGUGGUAGAUUUGCCUGAAAUGCGGACCAAAAUGUCCUUUCCCAAUCAAUGCAUGGAUCGUCUAAAACAAGGCAUCAAAGGCUUACUUCAUCCUUGCAAAGAGCAUAAAACCACUUGUACAUGACAUUUUGGAGAUGAAAGUGGGAAGAAACAAAUCGUAGGAAAAAUGAUAGUGGGAAGGAAGGGGAGGGGAGGGGAUGGAGGAUUUGGUGGGAUGAGGAACAUGCCAUAACUCCUACUUAGCAGGUACAAAUCUUAUUAUAGCCUAUUCAUUUGCCAACCAUCGGAGUUAGAUUGACAGCAGCUGAGCAGCUGACCAUUUUUGUAAAGGAAACUGUAAAGAUGUAGAAAUAAGGACAUCUAGUGGCCCUAUCCAUCAAUAAUCCUGCUUGAGACAAGGUAAUUGAACAGAUCAACAGUGUUUUUUUCUUUUAUUUUGUGCUUGAUGUCAAGUACAUGCAUGCAUCUGACCAUGAUAAAAACUAUUGUUACCAAGGCUUAAAGGAAAAACGUGCAGAUCUCACAUUCGCUGAAGUUCAUAUGUAUCCAAAAAUCUAAACUUUAGGUAUUGACAAUACAGCAAGGUUCAGACAUGCUGCUGCUACCCUUAGUAAUAAAUGAUCUCAAUACUCUUCGAAAGAUGAUAGAAAAAAAUUUGAGCAUCUAAAGGCUUUUGAACUUAAAUCAGGUUCUUAGCAAGCCUGUUCAGAAUACGAACUUAUUUGGCCUUAUAUAUACUGAAAUGUAACAAUCCAGUGGCACUGGAUUGUUACAUUUCAGCAUACUGGACCAGUGCCUUUCAGAUUACUGGAUACUGAAUCACUAGUUAUGCUUUAUUGCCUGAAUAUUUCGAGCAUGAAAUCAAUUAAGGACAAUUUGCUGUUUUGCCUAGCCUGACUACUAGCUUUAUAACUUCGAGAAUUAGUUAGGGACCAUGUAAGCAUUGUACUCUGAUGCUAAGAAAAGCCUGGAAUCUUGGGAACAUAUCUUUUAUGUUAGAUGUCCUUAUCGUUUAGUUUAAAUUACCCACUGUCCUUUCAUAUAUCAGGGCCUUCAGAUCUACCUACCUCCUCUUAGCUUUUCUAUGAUUUCUUUAGUCUUCGUUUGAUAAAAUCUCCUUGAUUGGUGAUCGUUGAAUGCAUUACUCUGUCCUACUGGUACACCUCUUUUUUCCUUCUGGAACACUGAAACUGCAGUAUAGUCUUAUUCAGAAUCUUUCUGUGUUAAAUUGUUAAAAGUUCUGCCCAAAAGGGCUCGGGUCUAGUGGUAAGAAGCAGCAUGUGAUAUGUGGGUUAAGCAUACAUCAUGCGUUUGAACCUUGCCGCAGAUAGAAGCCUGGAAUUUAAGUUUAGAAGGGUAGAGGGGCGGACCCAUUAUCCACCGAGUUUCAAACAGUGCUCAUAAAUUUCUCGGUUAUCAAACAAAUGUUGUUGAAAGUUGUUGAACAUGGAACCCAUGGCUACAUUUGGGUUUGUUUGUUUCCCUAAAACUAAGAAAAUGUAGAAAAUUUGGUUCUUGUUUCUAUAAUUUCUAUGCGAUGUUCUCAUUGCUGAUGCUCUCAAAUUAAUAAAUAACGUGCAUUCGUUUGUAUAGGCUAUCAUUUAGAAGCCUUAACUUGUUGAUUUAGCAAAUAAGUGUUUUGGAAUUAACUGUCAAAUUGUACUUUAAAAAGUCAAUAAAUAUAGAGAAGUGUGUUCUUCAAUGAAUGUGCCGAAUCUGGUCAUCUUUCAGAGAAGGCAUGUUGUAAAUUUUUCUUGAUCUCCUUCAGCUGGUCUAUGUAUCCCUAUGUUAUCUGGAUCCUUAAUCUACCUUGGCCUACCGGCUAUCAGUGCCAAGAAGAUGUGAUAAGGGUGUAGGUACUUUGUGUGGAUCCUUCAAAACAUAAACUUGACAUACUCGUAUUAGAUACGAGUAUCCUGUUUUACACACUCUACCUGACACGUACCUAUAAAUGAAUCCCUGUAACAUAUAGAUGUAUCCUCUUUCAUAGUCCAGAGAACUUGAAAACUUCUCAUCUGUCGCGUAUUGACUUC